AUGGCCCCACCCUCGUCAUCCCAGGCCGGUCAGAGCACCGGCAACGAAUUUGCAAGCGACGUCGCCGCCCAGAUGGACGGCUUCGCGCACGCCACCGACAUCGCCGAGGAGGCGAUUGCGCGGGAUCUCGAAGACGACACCUCCGACUAUGAUCCCGACGACACGGAUGGCGACGAUGAAUCCUCCUCCGGCUCGUCGACCAUUCGCCAGUACUCCAUGAUCAAUUCUUACCGCAGGCCCUCGUACGUCAACCCGGGACCCAGAGGCCUCGCUAUCGCAUCUUCGAGCGCCCCGCAGGGACACUCGUUUCUGUCGACGAGCGCGAAGAAGCACAACUAUCUGUCCAAGAAAGAGAGGGAGUCUGUCAGAGAGGAUGAGCGGAGUCUGCUCCGCGACAACAAUCUUCUGCUGCCAAAGCAUCCGCGAUCUGGCAGCCUGGGGCCUGCCACCAGGAUAGGACCCAAGACAUCCUUUUCGACCCUGCAAAAGGUCCGCAGUACGCCUGACGAGGAGUCUGGUCGCCACGCGGACGCGUCAGAGGCCGAUGCUCUUCUCGGACAGGAAGGGGACCCAGACCAGCCGUACGGCGGCCUCGACACGCCCAAGACGAUCAACAAGAGAUGGAACGAAGCAGUUGCAGCCGGCAAGAUCAACACGAGCUGGAAGCGAGAGACCAAAGUCCUGUGCAAGAGCUCCGCGCCCAUGGUCCUGACUUUCCUCCUGCAGUACAGCCUGCCCGUCGCCAGCAUCUUCACCGUCGGCCACAUUGGUAAGACCGAACUUGGCGCCGUAUCGCUCGCCUCCAUGACCGCCUCCAUCACCGGAUACGCCGUGUACCAAGGCCUCGCAACCUCUCUCGACACACUGUGCGCCCAGGCCUACGGCUCCGGACGCCCGCACCUCGUGGGCCUGCAGCUGCAGCGCAUGCUCGCCUUCCUGCUACUCAUCACGAUCCCAAUCUCCAUCAUCUGGGCCUGCGGAACGCAGAUCCUGUCGCUCAUCGUCCCCGAGCCCGAAACCGCGCGCCUCGCUGGUCUCUACCUCAAAGUCCUCAUCUUCGGCGCGCCGGGCUACGCCGCCUUCGAGAGCGGAAAACGCUACGUCCAGGCCCAAGGCCUGUUCAGCGUCAACAUGUACAUCCUGCUCAUCUGCGCCCCGCUCAACGCCUUCCUCAACUGGCUCUUCGUCUGGCACCUCGGCUGGGGCUUCAUCGGCGCGCCAAUCGCCGUCUCCAUAACCGAAAACAUACUCCCCGUCAUGCUGUUCCUGUACGUCCGCUUCAUCGACGGAUACCAGUGCUGGGGCGGCUUCGACCGGCGCGCGCUGAAGAACUGGACGCCCAUGAUCAAGCUCGCGCUGCCGGGGCUGAUCAUGGUGCUCGCCGAGUUCCUCGCCUUCGAGGUGCUAACACUGUCCUCGAGCUGGCUGGGCGAGACCGAGCUCGCAGCCCAGUCGGUACUGGGGAGUAUAACGGGCCUCACGUUCCAGAUCCCGUUCCCGAUGAGCGUGGCGGCAUCGACACGCAUCGCGAACCUGAUCGGCGCGACGCUUGCCGUGCCCGCCAAAACAGCAGCCAAAGUCGCCGUCGUGGCCUCCGUCAUCGUCGGCUUCGGGAACCUGCUGCUGCUCAGCUUGCUGCGCGACCAGAUCCCCCGCCUCUUCACCCCGGACCAGGACGUCAUCGAUCUCGUCGCCAAGCUGCUGCCGCUGUGCGCCACGUUCCAGGUCUUCGACGCGCUGGCCGCGAAUUGCAAUGGCAUCCUGCGCGGCCUGGGCAGGCAGGAGAUUGGCGGCUAUGUCGGGUUGUUCGCGUACUAUCUCGUCGGCAUGCCGAUUAGUUUCGGCACCGGGUUCGGGGCGGGAUGGGGACUGUACGGGUUGUGGGCUGGGCCUGCGGUUGCGCUGGGCGUUGUAUCGCUCAUUGAGAGUAUCUUCAUCUACAGGACGAGCUGGGAGCGGGCGGUUGAGCAGGCCAAGGUUAGGAACGCGGCGAACUAG